AAAAGGCUGUUUUCCCUCUCCCAGCUUCUCAGUUAACUUGAUCCCACAUCGCGUCUAAUCGCAUGCAAUCGCAUGCAUCAUAUGAGUCUGUACUAGUACGAGCCCCCUCAACAAAACCUUCUAGAACGCUAACACCUUUCUGCUUGAUACUACAAACGGAAAGACUCGAAAUUUUCCAUCAUAUUUGUUUCAAUGUCUUAAAGCGCUUCUCGGAUAUCAACGCUCCUCACCUGGUAUUAAACUAGGCUUUGCACAGAAUUUCUCUUAAUACCGUUUCGCUGCAACAUGAGCGCCGCUUCAGCCGGAGUCGCGAAGGAGGAAAAGGCACUUGGAUCCUGGCCUCGACGCCUUCUCCACGUACCGACAUUGACAUCAUACGAGUGGCAGCCUGGAAUUAAGUACGGAAAGGCCGUGAAGCCAGCAUACAACAUCCUUACCUACACAUGGGGUCGCUGGAAGCUCGCCGAUAGCCCCACCAAAGAAAGACCAGAAGUGCAGGGCAUCCCCGUGAAGGGUAUCCCAUGGGACAUCCCAAGGGUUCACCCAGCGCGGUUCACGACUCAGCAGUUCUUGGAGGCAAUCCGGCAAGCGACAAUGUGGUGGUCUAUUCCAGGUCCUGACGGUUCAAGGGUGAUGGAGCCCGAGGUCGAGUUUGUCUGGGUAGAUGUUGCUUGUCUUGACCAAAGAAAGGGUGAGCCAACUUCUGACUCCGAGAGAGGUCGUCAAGUGGCUAUAUUCUCGAAAGCAAUCAGGACCUUUGCCUGGAUAGGUUCCAUUCCUUCUCUUCAGAUGGAGAGGAUACACUCUGCCAUUACCGAUCUUACCUACGACGUGCUCAACGGACCCAAGCCAUCAGGAUAUGCCCCUUUCCGAGACCACAUCGAGAACGCAUGUCAAAUGUUGGAGUCAUUCUUUUCUGAUCCAUGGUUCACAUCAUUGUGGACCCUACAAGAGACUUUCCUCCGUGUAGACGCCGUCUUCCUUUCUCAGGAAGGAUUGAGAGUGACGAGGAUGGGAGCCGACGAUCCUAGUGCGAAGUUCGAAUUCGGUAAUCUCGUUCACCUAGACUUCCGUAUGAGAGAGUGGGAUGAAUCCCUUCAGGAUCCCGCACCCCAGUCCUGGCGAACUAUCCUUGAUCUCAUGAACAAGUCGGGUAUAUCUGCAAUUGGCUCUGGUAAUUUUAUCGCGGCAUAUCUUGCCGCGAAAAGCCGCACUGCCAAGCGAGACGAGGACCGUGUGUACGGCAUUCAGCAACUAUUCAAUUUGCGACUGGGAAAUACUGCCCCUGGCUCUGCAGGGACAUAUUGGACCAGGGAUCAGCUAGAGGAUCAACUGGCUGAGCGGUUACUUGUACAGCAUCCUGUCCUUAGCCAGAUGCACGUGUUCACUACGCCUGCCUCCUUUGGCACGGCCUGGCGUUUGAAUCAGAGCUCAGCCUGCCCUCGACUCGAUUUCGCAUUACUCUACAAUUUUUCACCUGGAGCAUCAAGCCGGAGAUCGGAUCAGCAGAUGGCUCAAGGAAAGGUCAAGCCGACAUGUACGUUCUCUACAGGGAAGAUCUCGGGUACGACAUGGUGCUAUUUCAAGGGAUAUAUGACGCCUUUCCGGAUUUUUGAACAACGAUGUUACGAGGCUGAAAAAUCGUCUACUAUCCGUCCUGUAACGCUAAUAAUGCCGCCUAAUGUACGAAAGGCGUUUUCAUUUAAGAUUUACCUCGAUGCCUCGGCUGAAGUAGUCAGUUGUCCGGAUUUUCUUCAUGGAAGCGAAGUUGAUCUAAAUGACAUCGACUACGGGAUAUCUGGGCUGUCCAAUCGUAGGGCGAGACCAGACAAAGCUGCGAGACAACAACGACUUGCUCAAUGGCUCUCAUCAUCAUUCGAACCCUCUCAGCUCAUGGUACUAGAACUUUUGUCACUCAACAAUGGGGUUGGGGAAGGGCCGACUAGGUGGUACACAUAUGGAUUGAUUUUGCUAUACCAGAAAAGGAACGAUUUGGGAUAUUUCAAUCGACUAGGCUGCUGCUAUUGGGAGGAUUAUAGCAAGAACAGUCGGAGAAAAACAUACCCGGCCGAUUGGAGUCGUUGUGAGGGGAUUGUCGGCUAAUGAACCGCGUUCUUGCGUUCA